AUGCGGACUGUCCUAUCCCUCGGGUUAUUCGGGACCCUGGUGGCAACAGCACAUCGAGGUUGUGGCGGUCACGAGAUUGGGCGGAGAAAUCAUGGCAUGCUGGCGCAUCGUCAAGCGAUCUCCACCGAUGAAGCCAGCGAGGCUGUCUCGAUAGGCAACACGGAAUGUACCAAUUAUUACUACGCUCCAGUCGCCAAUCUCAAACCCUACUACCCCUCUCCAUGGCCUUACGACAACGUGACCAACACCGAUCUAUCCGCUGACAUCCUACCUGAUGACGCAACGGCUAUGGAUCUGUUUGGGACCAUAAAUGCCGAGUUGAUGGCCAAGUUCCCCAACAUUCAACCGCGAGGGACUUUGGACGGUAAUUUCACUACCGCCCAAAAUUACAGUUAUCUCGAUCCGGAUUGUUGGUGGUCCUGGCGACACUGCACGACCCCAGCAGCGGAUACGGGCCUUGUCGCGGAUAUCACGACGGUGCCAGAGCCCGAGACUUGGGGAUUGGGCUUCGAUGACGGGCCCAAUUGCAGUCAUAAUGCUCUUUAUGACUAUCUUCAGCAGAACGACCAGCAAGCGACCAUGUUCUACAUCGGAUCCAGCGUCUUCAAUUGGCCACUGCAGGCACUCCGAGGGACAGCUGAUGGGCACCAGAUCUGCGUCCACACGUGGUCCCACAGGUACAUGACUGCCUUGACCAACUCCGAAGCCUUCGCAGAGCUAUACUAUGGCCGAAAGAUCAUCACUGACGUCCUUGGCGUCACCCCGACUUGCUGGCGACCACCUUAUGGCGAUGUGGAUAAUCGGAUUCGGUUCAUCGCCAACAAGCUCAAUCUUACCACUAUCGUGUGGUCAGACGAUACGCUAGAUUGGGAAGAGGAUGAACCAUCACGAGAUGUCACCGCUGCUGAUGUGACUUUGAACUACCAAGCCAUCAUCGACAAAGUCGCCAAUGGCACUUAUGUGACGCAUGGCCCAAUUGUUCUGAAUCACGAGCUUACCAACUAUACCAUGACCGAGUUCAUCAGCCAAUACCCCUCAAUCAAGCAGACCUUCCAGCACGUAGUCCCCCUUUGCACAGCUCUCAACCUCACACACCCUUACGCCGAGACGGACAUUGUCUGCCCAGACUUUGCCAGCUACAUCGCGAAUCGAUCAACAUCAGCAGGAUCAACAACGGCUGCAUCAGGUGCAGGGUCUGCACCUGGGUCAACCACGGCUGUGGCCUCAAAGACUGGAUGGGCGUCACGCAAUGUCGCGUACAGCUUGUUGAGCAUAGCAGUCGCGUCUUCGUUCUUCGUCGCUGUCACAUGCGGAUGACCUCAUGCACCUGACCUAUGAUAGAAAAACAACAGCCUGACAAGCACUGGUUUGACGAACAAAGCAGGGCUGGAUUGGAGGCGCCUGUUACAUACGCUGAUUAUAAGCAUAAUGUCCGG